AUGACUUAUGUCCCCGCGAAUCUACCGGCUGGCUUUAACGUCACGCUUCUCAAUAACACCGACCUCUGCACAGUGCAGACAUGUCCGCUCAGUUUGGCUCAUGUCGGCUACGCCCCCAAUCUCGCUGGCAAUGUCUUCUACAUCGGGGUAUUUGGACUGGCUCUUGCCGCGCAAGUGCUGUUUGCCAUCAAGUACCGAGUCUGGGGCUAUGCCAUUGCGAUGUUUGGCGGCCUUUUGUUGGAAAUCAUCGGCUACGUUGCCCGGGUGCAGAUGCACUACAAGCCAUUUGAGAAGAAUCCGUUCUUGAUGUACUUGGUUUGCCUUACCAUUGGUCCUGCCUUCUUGUCAGCCGCCGUCUAUCUCUGCAUCUCACGCAUCGUGGUGGUCUAUUCCGAGUCCGUGUCCAGAUUCCGACCUGCCACCUACACGUUGAUCUUCAUCACUUGCGACUUUCUGGCUCUUCUGCUCCAGGCUGCCGGAGGUGGAAUAGCCGCUUCUGCCAACACCAAUUCCAUGGACAACAUCGGGAAAUGGAUCAUGGUCGUUGGUGUCAGCUGGCAAGUUGUUUCCCUGGUGUUGUUCGCCGUCCUGUGUGUCGAUUUCGCUCUUCGAGUUAGAAAGGCUUCCCCUGUAGAGAUGAAUCCGGCUUUUGCAACAUAUCGGAUGACCAAGUCAUUCAAAUUAUUCCUCUGGUCCUUGGGCGUCUCUACAGUCACCAUCUUUACUCGCUCGGUUUUCCGUGUCGCAGAGCUCUCGGGAGGCUUCCACGGCAAACUGGCACACCAGCAAAUCACUUUCAUGAUCUUGGAAGGUGGCAUGAUCUGCAUUGCAAGUAUCUCUUUGACCGUCUUUCACCCGGGAUUGAUCUUCGGGCCCAACUGGGAAUCCGCUUCUUGGACUAUCCGUUCGAAAUUGUCCAAAAAUGCUGACGACCUUACUACCAAACCAAAGCCCAUUCCUGGAGCAGAAGCUCACCAGUUGCACGGCAUGUCAUACAACACGGCGAAACUCAACAAUGCCACGGUCGAACCCAGCGUCUGAGGCGACUAAGUCACCACGGCUCAACAAACUGCCCAGAAAGGCUGUCCUCACCACUUAUAACCUGACAGGUCCAAUUUGCAAUGAAGACGGAACGUAGUACGCUAUAGUCAGGAGGACAAGCAGGGAGACAAGAGAGAUGGAUGAUGGAGUUCUAAUCACGAUGUGGCUCGCAUGUGUCAAGUAACAUGUUUUUCAAAGGUUGCCUAGACCAUUGGCCAGUCUCUUGCAGUAGUGCCUAUAGAGCGUGGAAGUAGCAAAUAUGAAGCUCAAAA